AUGAUUCUGAAGACAGUGUUCGUGAGCUUGCUUAGUUUUGUGAGUUUGUAUCAGUCGGUCACUGCCUCACUGGAGACCGUCUGUGAUGGUAUUCGGUUUGCGACCCUUCCCCAUCCGGAUGAUUGCCGAAAGUACGUGGUGUGCUCGCUGGGAAAACCAAGCGUCCAGGAGUGUCCAAAUGGGUCCGUCUUCAACCCCACGGUACUAUUUUGCGUGCUAGAAUCGCAGUUUCCAUGCAACGAGGGAACAACAUCCGGCCUGCCAGAGACUUCACCGACUGAACCACCGUCUCCACCGACUGAGCCGAGCACCGUAGAGCCGGGAUGUUCUGAACUACCGUCGUGGGAGGCAUACUUCUGUCGGGACGUGCGCCGAACACUCGUCGCCAAUCCGAUGAACUGCACCCAGUACAUCAACUGUCGAUCGGAUCCGCCACGAAACUAUCAUUGCCCACCGAACACUGUCUACAGCGGACUCUACCAAGACUGCCUACCUGGAAACGAACGAUCCUGCACGAUAGACUCCGUUCCCGAGGAUUUCUGUGAGGGACGGGCUGACGGAAGCUUUGCACAUCCCUUCCAGUGCAACCGCUUUCUGAGUUGCGUCCGACAGCAGCUCCGCCACGAGGCCUGUCCCCCGUUUUUUGUGUUCGACCCACGGGUGUCACACUGUGUAGUGGGCAAUGCGAUCGCCUGUUCAAGCCUCUUGAAGACGACAACAGUAUCGGAGUCGGAUUCAACCUGGUUACCCGAAAAUUCUACGGAAACAAGCACUGAGUCGUUGUCAUUAAACUGCAGCGGCAUAAGCCGUGGGAUCGUGAUGCAUCCGUCGGAGUGUAAUAAGUUCGUUUUCUGCCACCAGAAUCACGCUUUCGAUGUGGAAUGUCCGCAAGGUGAGAUUUUCUCGUGGAAAACGCUCUCCUGUGGCGCCGACUACAUAUGCUCCGAGUAUUUCGAGGGACACGGAAGCAAAUACUCGCUGGAGUCGGAGGCUUGCAAGCGACAAACGCAAACCUACGCCGAGCAUCCGUACGAGUUUGCACAGUACGUGGAUUGCGCGACUCUAACAACGCGGAGCUGCCCCAGCAAUCGGAUUUUCCGCUGGAAAUAUCAACGGUGCCUGCCGGGCUCGCAAGCUACUAACCAACUGCAAUCGGUGUCGGCUAAUUGUGGUUUCUGGGGCAAGAUGUCUUUUCGAUUGUUUUUGUUUGGUAUCUCAUUGGCCGUUUUGGGUCAAACGUUGGCCAGAACGGUGAGUUGGUGGGAAACAGAAAUUCCUUGGACAACAAGAACGUGGCCGGAAACAACAACAACGCCGACUGCAGCAUGGCCGAGUACCAAAGAGCCGACUACAGAAGAGCCGACAACAGUAAGCUCGACAACAGUAAGGCCAGAAAGUACUACAGCACCAUGGAUUUAUAUGACCACUUUCCAUCCGACAUCGCUUUGCAUCGACGGAAGGAAUGGUAUCGUAAUGCAUCCGUCAGAAUGCGAUAGGAUCGUUUUGUGCAAAAGGGGUAUGGGAACGGAGUAUGUGUGUCCGUAUGAUCAGAUUUUCUCGUGGGAGACGCUUUCCUGUGGCACCGAAAAUAGAUGUUCCGAGUAUUUCGAAGGACAUGGAAACAACUUUUCGCUGGAAUCGGAGGCUUGCUUCCGACAAACACAAACCUACGCCGAGCAUCCGUACGAGUUUAAACAGUACGUGGAUUGCGCGAAUCAAACAAUCCGGAGCUGCCCCAGCGAUCACAUCUUCCGCUGGGAUUAUCAACGAUGCCUUCCGGGCUCGCAGACUACAAACCAACUGCAGCCGGUAUCGGCCGAAUGUGGAUUCUGGGGUAAAAAGGCGCAUCCUUACUUGUGCGAGCAGUACUUCCAGUGUCAGGGCUGGGUCCCCUCACUGACAUCGUGCCCACAUGGAUCGAUUUUCCAUGCACCAUCGAACGGUUGCCGUAGCGGUAACUUCCAGACGUGCCAGUAUGCGUAUUAGACUGGAGGGGUAGUUCAGGAAAUUGCCAGAAAAAGAUUAAAUAAACUUGCAGUGCAGAGCAGCUGGAAACACGGUUUAUUGAUGUUUAGGCGCGUACUUGUUAAACAUUGGUAAUCACACGUGAUAGAUAAGGGCACCGGAACGCAUCGAUUAAGAAAUACACCCUCACUAUCUACCAAACGGAAAAGAGCUCUCAAUAACGCAUGUUCACAAACUGGAGCUUACUUCUAUCACGGUUUCCUUAUCACUUGAUAUCACAGAGUGUAGCAAAGUAUCGCCAUCAGCAGCACCUUCAAUGCCAGUGUCAAAUAGGGAGCGUUCGUCAUAGCAGUGUCCAACUCGUCGUUG